UGGGUCGCGCCGGAUGAGGCGGGGCUUGGGCGGUUGGCUCCCACGGCGGCGCUUCCUGGUGACGAGGGAGCCAUGGCUCUCUCUUGGCUGCAGCGCGUCGAGCUCGUGUUCUUUGCUACCGCCUUCGUGUGCGGAGCCGUGGCGGCCGCGGCACUGACUCGGACCCAGGGCUCCUUCAGUGGCAGCUGUCCCCUGUAUGGUGUGGCUGCCCUGAAUGGCUCCUCCCUGGCCUUGUCCCGACCCUCGGCCCCAUCUCUCUGCUACUUUGUGGCUGGGGCCUCUGGCCUGCUGGCCCUCUACUGUCUCCUGCUUCUGCUCUUCUGGGUCUACAGCAGCUGCAUCGAGGAUUCCCACAGAGGCCCGAUAGGGCUCCGCAUUGCACUGGCCAUCUCAGCUAUAGCCAUCUUCCUGGUCUUAGUGUCUGCCUGCAUCCUUCGAUUUGGCACCAGUUCCCUCUGCAAAUCCAUCAUCUCCCUGAACAUAACUAGCUGCUCUGAUGCCCAGAAAACUCCAUGGAUACCCCCUGGAACCGCUCUGCAGUUUUACUCCAACCUACACAAUGCUGAAACCUCUUCUUGGGUGAAUCUGGUAUUGUGGUGCGUGGUCUUGGUGCUCCAGGUCGUGCAGUGGAAGUCUGAAGCCACUCCAUACCGGCCUCUGGAGAGGGGGGACCCUGUGUGGAGCUCUGAGACAGAUGCUCUUGUUGGGCCACGCCUUUCCCAUUCCUGAAGACUAACCAAAGAGUACUCCUGCCGCCAGACUCCGUGCCCAAGUGCCUGCAGUCCUCUUGCCCCCACAUGGCCCACACGGCUGGGAGCCUGAGUUUUCCCUCCAGGAGGGAAACAUGAUUAACAGACCCCCUCUUCCUACAGCUGUUUUUGUACCAAAGUAUUAUAUUACUUUCUUUCUUCAUCUCA